GUGAUCGGGUUUCAUACUAUCGUAAACCUUUACUACCACCAAGUUUUUCGCAAGAAUGAACGCCAACAACAAUCUACCUGCUCCAAAAACUCAGCGAGUCUUUCAAGAAAAUACAAAUUAUAGUCUACCAACGGAUGCAGACGAACAUGAAAGGCUUCGACUACAACAUAACGCCUUGAAGAUUUUUAUGGAUGGGAAGAAUUAUGUUAUACCUACCGAAGAUGAAGGUAAUUUCCAGCACGUCCUGGACUUGUGUUCUGGCAGUGGCCAGUGGGUCAUAGAUGUCGCAGAAUCACUUCCUAAUGCUGAGGUGCAUGGUGUCGAUUUGGCUUUGCCACAAAUAUUCGGGAACUCGGAAAUUCCAUCGAACGCACAGUUUCACAGAGUCGAUUUACUUAAUCAACCUCUCCCAUUUGCCGAUCGUUAUUUCGACAUCGUUCAAAUGCGCAUCGUACCAAGUAUCCCGAACAGAAUCGACCUUCUCAAGGAGAUCGGUCGAGUACUGCGGCCGGGAGGAUAUGUAACGUUCCUCGAACCAGGGCCCUCUUUCUCGGGGACCAAAGGCACUCGCACUGCCGCGUUAAUACAAGUGGACCAUUUCAUCAUACGAUCUCCUCAUACGCCAUCUCCGGGCACUGGGGACAAUGACAGGAUUUGGUCCCUCGCUCCAAAUAUAGCAUCUAUGCUUCGAGAGGCUGUAGGCGGUCGGGGAAAUGCACUAUUCUAUGAUGUGUCGUCUUCAGAAUUUCUCGUUCCCAUAGGCGGCUGGCCUGAUGAGGAAAAACUGAAAUCAGUAGGGUUGAUGAUGGCAGAAGUGCAGAUGGGCCUGAUUGACGCAUUCCGUCCGAUGUUCAUCAAGCUCCAGUUGCUCACUCAUGAUGAGUUUUCCUCUCUUCGGGCGCGCGUCAUAGCAGAAAUUGAAGAUCCAACUUUAAAGUUGCAAAUACCUUUCGUCGCUGCAUGGGGCCGUAAAGUUAUUGAAAAUUCUGGCUAGCUAGCUUGAGGCUAUGUAUUUCUAUUUGUAUAUAGUGUUGUCAGGCGUCAGUCAGUGUUG